AGAGAGAGAGGGAGGAAGAGGGAGGAAGAGCGAGUGCGUUGCAUCCUAGCGUUCCAUCAUCCUCUAAACUCCUCCAGCCUACCUCUGUUUCCCUCCUCCUGGAGAGAGAGAGAGUCACGUUUACAAGACAGAGAGGAGACAGGACAAGAAUCUGCAAAGGGAGAGAGAGAGAAAAAAGAGUGUUCUCUGGUUUUCUCCCGCCUCCGUUCACUCCUCGGCUCAGCAUCACAUAGCGGAGGCAGGACCAGAGCGGAGCAUCUCUGCCUCGCUUAUUUUUCUACUACGUUUGUUCUGCGUUGUUUUUUUGGGGCCAUCCAACGACUGUUGGAGAACACCUGGUGACGGAGAAGCCGGGAGGAAGCCGUGAGGGGCUGGUACUGUUGUAGUAUCUGUUCUAGAGAAGGAUGCUCAACAAUCUGACGGACACAGAGGAUGGGGAGGGAGGACCCAACAGCCAGGGUGACGGGAACCCCAAGGAGAGCAGUCCGUUCAUUAACAGCAGUGAUGAGGUGCAGAAGAGCCAGCAGUAUGACGGCAAAAACAUGGCUCUCUUUGAGGAGGAGAUUGAAACCAGCCCCAUGGUAUCCACCAUGAUCAGCAGCCUGGCCAACUACUCCAACCUCCCCCAGGGUAGCAAGGAGCACGAGGAGGAGGCCGAUAAUGAGGAGGAGGACAAAAAGAAGAAGAAACCUGUCAAGGCUCCACAGCUGGGGACACUGAUGGGCGUCUACCUCCCCUGUAUCCAGAACAUCUUCGGCGUGAUCCUGUUUCUGCGGAUGACCUGGAUGGUGGGCAUCGGAGGUGUCAUCGGAUCCUUCAUCAUCGUCUUCAUGUGCUGCUCCACCACCAUGCUGACAGCCAUUUCCAUGAGUGCCAUCGCUACCAAUGGAGUAGUACCAGCUGGAGGAUCGUACUACAUGAUUUCUAGGUCCCUGGGGCCUGAGUUUGGCGGCGCUGUGGGCAUUUGUUUCUACCUGGGGACAACAUUUGCUGGGGCCAUGUAUAUCCUGGGGUCCAUCGAACUCUUACUGAUCUACAUUGUGCCCCAGGCGGCCAUCUUUAAGAUGGAAGGCUUGGAGGGGGCCGAAGCCGAGGCGGCUCUGCUGAACAACAUGCGCGUGUACGGCACCCUGGUCCUGACCUUCAUGGCCACCGUGGUGUUUGUGGGGGUCAAGUAUGUCAACAAGCUGGCUCUGGUCUUCCUGGCCUGCGUCAUCUUGUCUAUCCUGGCCGUGUACGCUGGAGUCAUCAAGACCGCCAUCGACCCGCCGGACUUCCCAGUCUGCAUGCUGGGGAACCGCCCGCUGAUCUCCAAAGGGUUCGACGUGUGUGCCAAAACCCUGGAGAACGGCAACGGCACCGUCACCACCAAGCUGUGGAGGAUCUUCUGCGACUCCCCCUUCCUCAACGCCACCUGCGACGAGUACUUUGUCAACAAUAACGUGUCCUACAUCCAGGGCAUCCCCGGGGUGAUGAGUGGCAUCCUUAAAGAUAAUCUGUUCGGGACCUACCUGGAGAAAGGAGAUCUGGUGGCCAAGAAGGGAGUUGCCACUGUCGAGGGCCCGGAUGACCCCCUGACCAACUCAAACCGCUACGUCCUGGCCGACAUCACCAGCUUCUUCACCCUGCUGGUCGGCAUCUACUUCCCCUCGGUCACAGGGAUCAUGGCUGGAUCCAACCGGUCUGGAGACCUGCGUGACGCCCAGAAGUCCAUCCCCAUCGGCACUAUCGCAGCCAUCACCACCACCUCACUAGUGUACAUGUCCGCUGUGAUCCUGUUCGGCGCCUGUAUCGAAGGAGUAGUACUAAGGGACAAGUUUGGGGAGGGCGUCAAUGGCAACCUUGUCAUUGGUACCUUGGCCUGGCCGUCCCCGUGGGUGAUCGUGAUUGGCUCCUUCUUCUCCACCUGUGGAGCGGGGCUUCAGAGCUUGACUGGCGCCCCCCGCCUCAUGCAAGCCAUCUCCCGGGACGGUGUUGUGCCCAUCCUACGGGUGUUUGGCCAUGGGAAGGCCAAUGGAGAACCCACCUGGGCCCUGCUGUUGACUGCUUGUAUCUGUGAGACGGGGAUCCUCAUAGCCUCCCUGGAUGCUGUUGCCCCCAUCCUCUCCAUGUUCUUCCUGAUGUGCUACAUGUUUGUCAACCUGGCCUGUGCCUUGCAGACCCUUCUGAGGACUCCUAACUGGAGGCCGCGCUUCAAGUUCUACCACUGGGCCCUCUCCUUCCUGGGGAUGAGUCUGUGUCUGUCACUCAUGUUCAUCUGUUCCUGGUUCUAUGCCAUCGUUGCCAUGGUGAUCGCCAGCAGUAUCUACAAGUAUAUCGAGUUUCACGGGGCUGAGAAAGAGUGGGGUGACGGAAUACGAGGCAUUUCUCUGAGCGCUGCCCGCUACGCUCUGAUGAGGCUGGAGGAGGGGCCACCGCACACUAAGAACUGGAGGCCUCAGCUGCUGGUCUUGGUCAGUACGGACGCGGAGCAGAACGUGGAGCAACCUCGCCUGCUCUCACUGACCAACCAGCUGAAAGCGGGCAAGGGGCUGACCAUCGUUGGCACAGCACUGGAGGGCACCUACCUAGAGAACCAUCCCCAGGCCCAGCGGGCAGAACAGUCUCUGAGGAAGCUGAUGGAGACGGAGAAAGUCAAAGGCUUCUGCCAGGUCACCAUCUCGUCCAACAUGCGUGACGCCACGUCCCACCUGCUCCAGGCCAGCGGGCUGGGCGGCCUCAUGCACAACACCGUGCUGGUCAGCUGGCCACGCAACUGGAAGCAGUCUGACGACCACCAGACCUGGAGAGACUUCAUUGAGCUGGUAAGGGAGACGACAGCCGCCCAUCUGGCCCUGCUGGUGCCUAAGAACAUUGCUGCCUUCCCAUCCAACGGGGAACGUUUCUCCGAGGGCCACAUCGACGUGUGGUGGAUCGUCCAUGACGGAGGCAUGCUGAUGCUGCUGCCCUUCCUUCUGCGCCAGCACAAGGUGUGGAGGAAGUGCAAGAUGCGCAUCUUCACCGUAGCUCAGAUGGACGACAACAGCAUCCAGAUGAAGAAAGACCUGACCACGUUCCUGUACCACCUGCGUAUCGACGCUGAGGUUGAAGUCGUGGAAAUGCACGACAGCGACAUCUCAGCCUACACCUAUGAGAAGACUCUGGUGAUGGAGCAACGCUCGCAGAUCCUCAAGCAGAUCAACCUGACCAAGACCGAGCGCGAGCGAGAGAUCCAGAGCAUCACAGACUCAUCCCGCGGAUCAAUCCGGCGUAAGAACCCGGCGGCGGUGACAACCCAUCUGAGUGUUACCGAGGAACAGCCAGGAGCGAGCAGCAAGGCCGAGGAGAAACCGGAGGAAGAGUGUCCCACCGUGUCCCCUCCCCCGCAGGUUCAGCUCAUCCACGACAGCACCGGCCCGGCUAGUCCAAUCACCCCGGCUGCUCCCCUGACCCCGGCCACCGAAGGGGGGGCCCAGACGCCAGGGUCUGCCCAGGUCCAGAUGACCUGGACAGAAAAGCUGGAUGGCGAACCGGCCAAGCCACCCGGCGCCUCCACACCUGAGGGCAUCAAAGACAUCUUUAAUAUGAAGCCUGAGUGGGAAAACCUAAACCAGUCCAAUGUGAGGCGCAUGCACACGGCACUGAGGCUGAACGGUGUCAUCGUCAAGAAGUCCUCGGAGGCCAAGCUAGUGCUCCUCAACAUGCCUGGGCCGCCCAAAAACCGGGCGGGCGACGAGAACUACAUGGAGUUCCUGGAGGUCCUGACGGAGGGUCUCAACAGAGUCCUCCUCGUUCGUGGUGGCGGUCGCGAAGUCAUCACCAUCUACUCUUGAGAGAUCAGCCCUUCCCCCUCCACACCCAGAUCCCUAAUCCCCUCCCCCGAGGCACCACAUCUCCUAAGCGCCCGCAUAACCAUCACCACCAAAGUCACCCUCCUCCAUUUGUUUCUGUGCGAAAUUCCCUUACACUCAAUGAGCCCAGUUCACCUCACCUCUCCCGCCGUAUGCACACACACACCCAUAUACACUCACACACAAACACACACACACCCAUAUACACUCACACACAAACACACACACACACCCAUAUACACUCACACACAAACACACACAAUUCCGCCCCCCCAGAAAACACACCCAAUUCCGCCCCCCCGUAUUUUCAAUAUCUUGUGUUCCCCGGGUGUUGAACUCGGCCAGACACACUUACAGGCCUUUUCAGGUCCAGUAGCUGCUCAGAGCUAAAGCUGCUCAGAGCUUCUGUUGGCCUCAGAUCCAGACCACAUACCCUACUGGGCAGAUGGCUCUGAGACUGGGCCUCUCCUCCACCGGCCAAAUAACCUACAGCUCCAAUUCACCCAGCGUAAUUAUCAGGAUGUACUCUGAUAUAGAAUGCUGUGAAAUAGAGCUUUCUGCUGAAUAUUUUGCAGCUAGACUUCACUGCCCAAUUCCGCCCCCUAUGUGAUAUCAACUAACCAUUAGUCAAGUCGCUCGGUUACAGAGUCGAAGGUUAGAGGGCUCGUUGAGCUGGGAUUGGUUAAGUGUGAUGUCUGUGCGUUUGUGUUUGUGUGUGUGUGUGUUUAAAAGUCUCAUUCAUCCAAAUGUGGUUCGUUUUUCUGAGGAGCAGCCUACCACAGGACUUAACAGUGGUCAGUGGAGGACUGCGAAGGCUGACAUUUUGUAGCUAGUUGUGAAUAUCACCCUGAAAAGACCCACUGCGAAGAAUGGGUACCGCAAAUGAUCCUGCAGAAAACUGUUCAGCACAGACGACCAUCGUCAAGAUGAACCGCUGCCCGAGGUUAUGAUCACAUAUGGUCAUUUGUCGAAUCAGGGUAAGAAAUUAAAGAACCACGGUCUGAGAAAGUGGGGAGGACAACAAAUCAGGCCUCCGUGAACUCUGACCUUGUGUCACUGUGCUCUCGCACUGUCAGAAUGUUUAUACUUGUCCCAUUUACCCAUUUCUAAGUGGCUAAGUGGCUCUUCUAGCUCCAGCCACUGUUAGUGCCAAAAACAACAAGCUUGGUUUUAGAUAUCAAUUUGUUCUUAAACUGUGAGGAGUGUUCUUAGCCAAAUGGUCACCUGACAGGAGAUCAGGGCCUCUUUCAGAAUUGUCUUUCCCCAAUUUCAGCCAUUAUGUUUCCUCACCUCUUUGGAUAGAAGAUAGACCAGGAAUCGAGGAAAGGCAGAGAUUGAGAGCCAUGGAGAGGAUAUGAGCAGUGACACUUUCAUUGUCAAAAACCUGACCACUUGACCCCAGUGUGGAUCUCGACCCCAGUGUGGAUCUUGACCCCAGUGUGGAUCUUGACCCCAGUGUGGAUCUCGACCCCAGUGUGGAUCACUGUAAAUAGUGUACAAGCUCUGACGCGUUGUUAAGUAUGAGUGUAGUAUUUUUGUGACUUACUAAAAAGCUUCUAGUGGGGAAAAUGUUCCUUCUCUUAAUGGGGCGGCUGAAAACUGCUUUUGGAUGGCUUAGGCUCCUAUCAGUCUGUUAACUGUCACUGUAAUCUGCUCCUGCACUGUCCGCAACUGUGCAACAAGUGAUUUAAUGAAUUCACCAGUUCAUUAAAUUAACAUGUUAUUUUUCCAUCUAGAAAAUGUUUUUGUUUGGUAUGUUUAUAGACAAAAAUUACACAUAUUUAUUUAAUAUAAUGGAGAUAUAAUUUAAAUUAUCGCUCAAAAUAUAUUGUUUAGACAAAUUUAUAUAUGUUUACAUGUGCCAUAGGAAAAAUAUUUUUAAAACAAAAAUUAUAUUGAAUAAAUUACAGAGUACAAAUUGUUCAUUAUGUUAAAGGGUUAGCGUGCAAUUGAACAGAUACAAAGUAAUGGAAUGGACAAGGUCCUGAAUCUCGCCCCAUUCUUAACACUAUGCAGUAGAAUCCAAAUAUGUGAUUUUGUAUCCACAGGUUUUGGCAGAUUUGAGCCAAUACCUAUGUCCCUGACAAUGACUGGAUUACCAAGUAAUUAAAACAAAAGAAAAUGGAUAAAGUGCAGUUUGAAAGGAAUGUGCAAUAGUCCAAAUUUGGUCUCACGUAUUCAUGUUUAUUUUUUAAAACUUAUAUUUUGUAUGUAGAUUUCUUAUGUCUAUGGAAUUCAUUCAUAUCAUCACACCCUGAAAACAAGGACAGCUAGCAUCAUGUUUUCAUUUUGCUUUUUUGAAAGAAACUGUUUUUGGUCACCACUUGCACUUGUUGUAGAACUAUGAAUCAUAAUAUAUACACAUGUAAAAUACAGGGAGGUUAACAACAAAUGAAACUAGUUUAUAGAGCUAUUGAACACAGUAUUUAUGUUUAAAGUGUUGUUUGGAAGUCAGAAUCAUAUGUUGUGAAUGCUGCUAGUAUUUUCAGACUUCUUUGUACUGUAAAUAAACAUGUCUAAAGGAACAUAUAUACAAAAGAUAUCAGCAAGAGGGUAGGCAUAUAUUGAAAAACAUAUCAGUGUGGAUGGUUUGUCUUCUCGGAGACAAACCAGCUUUUACCUUUUGGCCUGAAAGUCUUUCUGGACAGGAGUUAUUGUCAGCUUCGAAAGGAAACUCUUGUGAAUAUGACAGUAUCUUGAGGCAAUACCUAAACCAUUAGGGUGCAAUUUGUAAAAAAAAAAAGAAAAAAAAAGAAAAAGAAAGAAGUUCCUCUCUUUUCUCAAAUGGCACUCUUGAUUAUUCCAUCCUCUUAUAUAUACAUUUAUUCUAAAGAAACCCAACUACAAGUUUGACAAUUUUAUUGUGAAUAAUAGACAACAGCACUGCAAGAAAGGGUUUGUUUGGACUGAAAGCAAAGAUAAAAUGUUUGUUUUACAACUUGAGAGAAAUGUUGAGUGUAAUGUAACAGUCCUGUAGAUCAGUAGCCCAUACAUUAACUACUGCUAGUUUUUACUAACAGACAACAUUUUAUUAUAACCAUACAAUCUCCAAUAAUAUGAGCUAUAAUUUUGUUAUUAUACAAUUUGAUAAUUUUGCGAAAAGACACCCAUGUCAACUUUUCUAAAUGCGUAGAGUAUGUGGCUGUUCCGAUUGUCUUUCUUGAACAUUUCCGGUCAAAUAGACGCAAAAGGCACUCGGUUCAUGAAACAACCCACUGGCAUUGACUGAGCCUUCAAUUCUUUUCAUGAAAAAAAAAAAAGGGUCUCCGAUAUGGUUUAAAAAAAAAAAAGGAAUUGUGGGAAUGAUUUUGUUUGAAUGGUCAAUGUGGUUUAUAAUUAACAUUUGCAUGGUCUUCUGUGGGAAUAUUUGUUACAGUGGUACAUGGUAUGGUUACCUAAAUGUGUGUACAAGGCAAGUGGUUUGGAAGGUGAGAGUCCAUCAACGCUAGGGCCUAGGUUCAACCCGAAGGCUGGUUCUGGGCCUUUCCUCUUUCUAUAGCCUCUUUCUAAUGUUUACCAUUCCCAGUAAAUGCUGUAGAUGUCAAUCGGAAAAUGUCCUUCUAAAUUCCUACAAACCACUUUUCAAUGGAAGCUAAAUCAUGUCACUUCGGUCACAGACAAGAGAACCUGAGAACGCUCGCCUUGUGGUUACAUAGUUAAAGUCAAUGAAAACAAGUUUUUUUGCAAAAACAAACAAAAAAAGUAUUUCACUUUAUUUUCAAAUCUUGCUAAAUUAAUGUUGUGUAAUGUACUAGGAGGUCUUAGUAGAAUGGAUGGGCCUUAGAGAUUUUCCUUUUGCUUUGUAUACUACACUGCAGUAAAAAACACUGAUGUGUUCCCUUGUCAUAAACUGUUUUAUCACUAUGGACAAAGUCUUAGCUUUUUGUAAGAUUAUGUGCAAUAUUGUUUUUACCUGCAGUCAUUUUUUUUGUUGGUUGUAUUGCAUUGUAGUUUUUCAUUAUUGCAUUGACAACUAACAGUCAGUGGUCUGCUCAUCAGAAUGUUUAGAUCAAUUCUGUUGUGUUCAUCUCAUCUGUGAUGGCUGAGAUAGAAAAGCACUUUAUCCUGAGCUAACAGUCAUUGAAGGUUUGAGGACAUAAUCAGGGUUUAAACGAAACACACGUGCCCAAUUUAAAGGGACAGUUUUGGAUUUUGACCAUAAGGCCCUUAUACUCUAAGUCAGAUUUACUUUUUGAUACUAUUUUUAUGUCUCUGAAGUUUGAAGGAAGUUGCAAUCUAGCGUGUAUGCAAUUGCUAACUACCAUAUACGCAAUGAAUGGAAGUCAAUGGGAACAGCUGGUAUGCUAGCUGUUCCUGUAGACGUAUAGGGAUGGUUUUACAGACCAAUAAAGGCAGUCUGGGGGAAAUGUCAACCUCAAUGGAGUUGACUUAGAUUUUUUUGGUCCUAUACUAGACUUAAUCUGUCUGCAAGACCAUCCCAUAGCAUCUAUACUAUAUUUUGUUUUAGUUUUUUUUGCAAAACUACCUCUAACUUCCUUCAUACUGGAUUCAGAAUGAUAGAAACUGUAUUUACAAGUUCGCCUGAAUACUGGGAAUAUAGUGAAGGGCUUCAUUGUCAAAAUCUUUUCCAUCCCUUUAAGCACUGAUUAAUAGGUUCCUCUGUUGGUAUUAUUGUGUACCAGAUCCAGUUGGAUUAGAUCUUUGAGAGGCAGAAAAACCAGAUUUCGAUAUUAUUCUGCGAUUUUUCACUGCAACUACCUAUUUUUAUUUAUUUUCGUCCAAUCACUUAAAAUAUUUGCAAGGACA